AUGAAGCUCAUGUUCCGAUAUAUAUACUUUGCCAGUGAAAAUCUAUAGUUCACAUAUUGUAAAAUUAUUAGAGUUUCAUUCAUCGAAACACGACCAAAAGUUAUCAACUUGAUAAAACACUGGCAUGACUGGCAUUUAUAGUGAUAAAAAAGAUAGACAUUACACCAUGGACAUUCUCAUCGUUGUUUAAAACAAUCGACUGAAGAGCAUGAAAAUUGUGGAACACGAACAAUUGGAUUGAAAAUGACAAACAGACGAGAGGAUGAACCUUUGACUAUCUAGAUAGUCAAAGCGACGAGCUGAGGAUCCGAGCGACAGGAUCCGAAUUUAUUGGAGAACGCAGGAGUGCGAGAUCAAAUGUUGUCCGCGCAGUGGGGAAAUUACAUAAAAGAUAACGUGUCUCGCUCUCGGAGGCCAGUCGACGAUUGGGAGACGCGGUUACGAAUCGUAGCUGCGGAGAACAUCCGUGAAACCCUUCACUAAAACCACAAGAGAUCGAAUUGUUUCGUAAAGGAUUGGUGAAUCGACAUGCUGCGCCUAAUUUUGACAGCAGCAGUUAUAACUCUGGUGGCAACUAAGCCGACGGAGGAUGCAGCAGACCUCAGUACAAAUCAACAGACUGCCGACAAUCUGAAAAAUGCUCAAGAACUCCUAAAACGUGUUGAUGGGCUUAUUGCAGAAUGGAAUAACAAACAGAGUAUCGCCGGAUGGAAGUACGCGUCGAAUUUGUCGGAUGAAAAUCUGGCAGAAAAGCUAAAGGUGUCUGCAGAUGCGGCGCGCGUCUCCAAGCAGGUUGCUCAGGAAGUGAACGCUUUCCCUUGGAGAGACUUGGCGGAUGAGUCUCUCAAAAGGCAGUUCAAGAAGCUCGGUGUACUUGGACCUGCCGCUCUUCCUGAAGAUAGCUAUGAGGAGUUCGAAAUGACGAUCAGUAAGAUGGAAAAUAUCUACAGUACCGCAAAAAUCUGUGAUUAUAAAAACAAGAACAAGUGCGAUCUUGCGCUCGAGCCAGAAAUCACUGAGGCGUUGAUGACCAGUCGCGACCCUGAGGAGUUGAAGCAUAUCUGGGUGGAGUGGAGGAAAGCAUCAGGCGAAAAAGUCAAGUCUCUGUACCCUAAGUAUGUUGAGCUAGCCAACACCGCAGCGAAACUCAAUAACUUCUCUGAUUACGCAGCAUAUUGGAUGAAGGAGUAUGAGGCUGACGAUUUCACUGAGCAACUUGAGACUCAGUGGCAACAAUUGAAGCCACUAUAUUUGCAACUGCAUGCUUUUGUGCGGCGCGAGCUCAGAAAGAAAUACGGCGAAGACAUCGUUUCCAAGGAUGGCCCAAUCCCAGCCCAUCUAUUGGGUAACCCUUGGGCGCAGACUUGGGCGAAUAUCGCAGAUUUCACCGUACCAUUCCCAGGCAAGCAACUGCCAGACGUCACCGCCGCUAUGAUCGAACAAGGUUACAAUGCGACGAGCAUGUUCCGUCUCGCCGAGAACUUCUUCACCUCGAUCAACUUGUCUCCUAUGCCGGACACAUUCUGGGAAAGAUCGAUUCUAACAAAACAGGAAGGCGUAGAUAUGAUCUGUCACGCGAGCGCGUGGGACUUCUAUGAUGGUGACGAUUUCAGGAUUAAACAAUGCUCGCGCGUUAACAUGGAGGAUUUGUUGACGGCACAUCACGAGAUGGGUCACAUCGAGUAUUAUCUGCAGUACAAAAACCAACCUGCAGUUUUCAAGGAGGGCGCAAAUCCAGGUUUUCACGAGGCGGUCGGUGACGUUAUUUCUCUCAGCGUGUCCACCCCUAGUCAUCUCAAGAAGAUCGGUCUACUGAAGGAUGAUUCAACUGAUUAUGAGGCACUUCUCAAUCACCUUUACGUAAAGAGUCUUGAAAAGAUCGUCUUUCUGCCGUUCGCUUAUAUGAUGGACCGAUGGCGUUGGAACGUAUUCCAGGGAAAAGUCACACCCGAUAAUUACAACUGUAACUGGUGGGCGCUGACCGAGGAGUACCAGGGCAUUGAACCUCCUGUGGAUAGGACGGAAGAAGACUUCGAUCCUGGCGCGAAAUAUCACAUAAUCGCGGACGUUGAGUAUAUAAGAUACUACGUGAGCUUUGUGAUACAAUUCCAGUUCCACAAGGCAUUGUGCACCAAGGCGAAGCAAUACGAUCCAAAUAAUCCAGAUGCCAAGCUGUUAAGUCAAUGUGAUAUUUACGAUAGUAAGGAUGCCGGAAAUCUGCUGAAAUCUAUGUUGGAGUUGGGUUCUUCGAAACCAUGGCCAGACGCGAUGGAAAAGAUCUCAGGUCAGAGACAAAUGGACGCGAGUGGACUUUUGGAAUACUUCAAACCUUUAACUGAUUGGUUGACUGAAGAAAACAAGAAAACUAAUGAAUACAUUGGAUGGAAGCCCUCUAAGAAACAAUGUGUACAAACGAGAGGAGAGCUUAUGAGCUAGAGCUAUUGAUGAACUUUUGGAAUAAAAUUCUCCAUUAAUAAAUAAAAAUAGGAAAUAUAUUUUGAGAUGAACAUCACACAAAAUACUGCGUUUUGUAGUGCAAUAAAUCUAAUGUAUGAAAUUAUUCCAUGAUCAAAUAAAUGCGUUCUGACCAUUUCGAAUAAUGAACAAAUGUUCGUAACGGAUUUUGUUUCGAGUUUUGUUUUAAAUAAAAUAUGCAUUCCAUCUUUUAA